AAUUGCUACGCAUUUGCAUAAAGCGAGUGAGGGGGGAAAAAAAUUAAAAUUAAAAUAAAUAAAUAAAAAAUUAAGUUAAGCAAAAAGUGAACGCGUACAAAUCAUGUUUACAAAUCGGAAGUGUAAAGGCGGCAGGCAGUACGACCGCGUUCGGCCGAAUUACUCAUCGAGGAACUACUUAAAUCGCUUUGAAGGCGAACGAAGGCAUCAUUGUGCCAUUAGAACUGCAAGCGUUAACAGCACGGCAAGCGUUUUGUGUAUUAAAACAAGUAAAAACCGACUAAAACAAAUCUAAACAGGAUGAAAUUCGUGCUCUCAUUGUGCUUUGCGGCCUGUUUGGUCGCCUCAUUGCAUGCCGCCGCUGUGGAUACUAAGAGUACUACCGCGCAGCCAAAAGCCGCUGAUGCAGAUGCAACGACAACCGCUGCACCUACGGCGGCCUCAGAUGUGAUUGAAGAGUGCCAUCAGCCCAAAGAGACCGGUCGCUGCUUUGCUCUCUUCUAUCGUUAUGCCUACAAUGUAGAGAGCCGUCAGUGCGAGGAGUUCGUCUAUGGUGGCUGCAAUGGUAACCAGAACAAUUUC